AGGACUACGAUAGAUCGUUUUGAUUUGCGUGUUGUGUUACCUAUCAAAGAGGAUAUAAACUUCUGUUUGAAACAGUGAAUUAUUUAAUUAUUUAUGUUAAUGAACUUUAUCUCAGAUAAUUAUUAUAAUGAAAUAAAAAUAAAGUGACGUUAAGUUUUUACAGCUCGAUGUGGCAUUUUAAUAUUUUUACAAUGGCAACAUUACCAUAGUGAGCCAUCGCCCUGUUAAACUGUGUCAUGGCGGUUUGACUUGUUAUAAGUUUUUUUUGCAAUAACUCACUAGUUAAUGUGCUUUUUAGUCAUUUGAUCUUUGAUUUCUUUAAAUCAAAUCACGUAAUACAAAAUAGUUAAUAAUGCGUGAAUACAAAAUAGUCGUGUUAGGUAGCGGAGGCGUGGGUAAAUCUGCUCUCACAGUACAAUUCGUACAAGGCAUCUUUGUGGAGAAAUACGACCCCACCAUUGAGGACAGCUAUCGGAAACAGGUGGAAGUAGACGGACAACAAUGCAUGUUAGAAAUUCUGGACACGGCCGGCACGGAACAGUUCACCGCGAUGAGGGAUUUAUACAUGAAGAACGGGCAAGGUUUCGUGUUAGUGUAUUCGAUCACCGCACAAUCAACGUUCAAUGACCUACAGGACCUGCGGGAGCAGAUCCUGCGGGUGAAGGACAAAGAUGACGUGCCUAUGGUACUGGUUGGCAACAAAUACGACUUGGAGCCAGAGCGCGUGGUGGGCAAGGAACAGGGGGCUAAUCUCGCGCGUCAUUUCAAUUGCGCGUUCAUGGAGACCUCCGCGAAGGCGAAAAUCAAUGUGAACGACGUUUUCUACGACCUAGUGCGACAGAUCAACAAGAAGUCACCGGACCCCGAAAGGAAAGUUAGGAAGAAUAAGGUGUGUCGCCUUCUGUAAGUGUUGUGGGGGCCUGGGUCGCGUCUAGAUAUAAAAUAUUUAAUAAUUUGAAAGACUUCUUGUACCCGAAUUUGGCUCUUGACAGUUCCCAAAGUUUAAAUAGGUCGGGUAUUGCGCAUUGUUGCGGAUUACUGUAGCAUUUUGAGAAAGUGCAUUUGUUGAGAUGUAAUUGUUUCAGUGCUGUAGUAGCAGGAAUGAAAUAUGCACAGAAUAUCAAUUGUACUCACAUUGCUAUCUGUAUGAAUAUUUUUGGCAUGGUCCAAACUUUACCUAGCUGAUAUUAACAUUACCAUUAUACAGCAGGAUUAUUUACUUGUGAACAUGCAUCCUGCUUUUGCAGGAUUCUUGUUUUGUAAUAUUAAUGUCACCUGUUUAAGUUUGAUUAUAAUUUGAAUUUACUUUGACAUGUGGUCUUUAUGUGACAUUUAGUGCUUGUGCGUACAAUAGUUCAGUGCAUGUUUCACUCCAGGAAUUCCAUUUGUAAUGUGCGGAUGCUAUUAGGUUCAGAAGUUUAUGAUUUCCACAGUUAUAGACCUAGUUAUUUACAGUGUUCAAGUCAUGACUAAUGCAUUCCUACGUAAUUUAUGCAAGCAUUCAGUGUUCUUUCAAUAACAAUACUUUGAUAUUACUUGUAAUUGUCAUGAACUGUUAAUCUUAACUCCAAAUAGUUUUAAUUAGUCUACAGUUGUUGGUUUUAGUUACAAUUCAAUGCUGUAAGUAUAAGAUUCCAAUGCAUUGUCUUAUAUAAUCUUAAAAUCGAUUGAAGAAUCAUCAUUCCUUUUUGUACUAUACAUACAAAAGUAGACUAAAAUAUAAAAUAAAAAACAUUUUUGUUUCUUUUCAUUAUAUGUAAAUUAAACUUAACAUCCUUAAAAUAAUUUCAUCCUUUUUAUGUGAACAUAACCACAGACAAAGGAAAUGAUUGCUUCUGUUUUAGAAUGCUGAAUUUUUACAUUCUGGUAGAAUUCAAGCAUUAAAAUUGGGAUAAUGUAUUGGAGAUCUUUUACAUAUUCAGUCAAUAUGUAGCAGCUAACAGGAAAAUGACUCGAGGACAUUCACAUGGAUAGCACUGUAUAUAUUUAAAAAACCGAAAUAUACUGGCUGGAUACGGCAUUGUUGUGAAUUGAUGUAACUUUGUUUAUUAUAGAAUUAAGAUUCAGCAAUAAACUUCUGAACGGUUAGAAUGGAGGCAGGCUCCGAGGAGACCUGGAUAUUGUGCCAGCAGGCCUGAACCAGUGUGUAAGUAAUGUUUAAUAAUUAAGAAUACAUUAAAUUUUUUCAGAUAUAUUAUUGUCUUGUUAUAUAAUUCAAAUGUAUCGAAAAAGUUGAUAAUGCGACACCGUUUAGGACUUACAUUUGAACAAUUAUUAGUGAGCCUUAGGUGAUUGCACCCCGCUGAUGGUAGUGUCUCCAUGUGUUCCCGUGGUGGCCCGGGCCCCUCGCCUGCAAGGGCACCACUCGUGACAGACUAUAAACCCCUUAUGAAAUUGAAAACUCUAAAAAAUUUUAUCGUUAUUGUAAAUGGAGUAAAAUUUAUGAUUACUGGCUCAUUUAAUAUAAAUAUACCAACCUAUGUUUGCUGCUUUGAACUUUGUUAACGUAAUACAUUAUAUAGGUGUUCAAAUAUUGUUACGGGAUUAGAUGUUUCAUCCAUUCUCAUUUCUGUUAACAUAAGAUUACUGCACAAGGAUAUUGGUAAAUUAACUUUGAUCUGAGUUGAAUUAUAUUUUUUAUAUAUAUUGUGCAAAUUAUAAACUUGUAUAUUUUUAUCUUUUCAAUCAAUAAUGGACAUUGUACAAUAACUAUUAAUUUCUUUUUUUGCCAAUAAAACAAAUUUUAAUUA